AUAAAUAGUAACGUGACCAAAGUAAGAUGGCUGAACUAUUCGUGUCCAUUUUGACUCGUUUUCAUUCGUGCUAGAGAAGUCGCGUUUUUGUCAAUUUUUUGUAGUGUUUGUGACCAUUUCAAUUGGUCUCGUGAUUGCUACAAAUUUCAAUUAUUUACGGUUUUGAAGAUGCCAGUAGCAGACGUAAAAUCCAGUUGGGCUGAUGAGGUAGAGGAGGAAGUAGGAGCAUUGCCUCCACCUUCGGAGACUUAUGACAAUGGAUUUAAAAUUCUCACGGAAUAUAAAUAUAAUCAAGAUAAUAAGAAGGUCAAAGUUGUUCGUACAUACAAGAUUGAGAGACGUAUAGUAUCAAAGACAAUUGCUGUGCGAAAAAAUUGGGCUAAAUUUGGAGAUUCUGCGGAUGACCGGCCUGGACCAAAUCCUGCUACUACAGUUGGCGGUGAAGACAUUUUCAUGCAAUUCAUUUCCAGCAAAGAAGAAGAAAAUAAGGUUGAAGAAGACAGUCUUGAUAAAUUGAAGAAUAUGGGUGAUAAAGGUGUUGUCAAGUGUCGUAAUUGUAAUGGAGACCAUUGGACUUCAAAAUGUCCAUACAAAGAUACUGUUCUUGCUGGAGGAAAAGUACCAGAUGAUAAGAAACCACUUGUUACUCCUGGUGCUCCUGGUGCUAUGGCAGAAUUGAAACCUCAAAGCGGCAAAUAUGUACCACCUGGUAUGCGCGAAGGGGGCAAUAAACGCGGGGAUUCUAUGCAAAUGCAAAGACGUGAAGACAUUACUACUAUUCGUAUCUCCAAUUUAUCAGAGAGUACUACAGACGCUGACUUGGAUGAGCUUGUCAAGCCAUUUGGAUGUGUUCUUAAAUUUUAUCUUCCAAAAGACAAACAGACCAAUCUUUGCAAAGGUUUCGCAUAUGUGCAUUUCAAGUAUAGAGUGGAUGCUGCGAAAGCUAUUGCUACGCUCAAUGGUUAUGGUUACGACCAUCUCAUUUUGAACGUGGACUGGUCAAAGCCACAAACACAAAAUAAUUAAAAUUAUAAU